GCUGACGUUAUGAGUGUUAGCCUUUCUUCAGAACAAAGUAGCAUCUUCCUAGGAUGUUUUUCAAUGGAAUUGUCAGAAGUAUUUCAAUGCUGCCUCAUAUGUAUAAAUAUGUCUGGAUCUAUGAAAACCGUAUGUGUCAAAAAAUAAUCGCCCCCUACUCAAGCAUUUUUUUUUUUUCGUCUCCAAAGGAGACGAUAAAGAAUUCAAAGGAAUGUAACCGACUCUCUUAUCUUCCUUUUCGUGCUCUUCUCUUGUCUUAUUUAGAUCGCUUAAGUAUACUUUUGAGGCCUUUAGGAGUCGUAAAAUUAAAGUGUGUAGGCUAUUUGGUGCGAAAGAAAGCAUUUUCAUUGGCACGGUUUUCAUAGCUCCAGUCGUGUAUGUAUAUAUCCGGUCCCCUUUUCCUUCUUCUGUUCAAAGUUUUACUCGCGCAAUCAACGUUUUUACAGGAAUCCCGUGGCAGUUCUGAUAACUUGGCAUUUACCCCAUCUCAAGAUGUCUAGCCAGUCAUUGUGGUCAAAGAGAGGGAUGAUUGGGAGAUUUUCACCGAGUCUAAAAUCACUGCUGAACAGGAUGCCAAACAGAAAGAAAUUAACUAAGGAAACAACUCCUCAGCUUCCCAAAAACUGUGCACCAGCGAUAUCUGAUCCCCUAUCAGUAAAAAUGACUGGAUCCAGUAGACAACCAAUAUAUCCCUCUCGCUGGAAAAGGGGAAAGCUGCAGGCAAUGCAGUUGAGUCCCAACUCAACUGAGGCGAAGGACCACUCAGAAUACGUCAAGCAAUCCUUGAAGGCACAACUUGAAGAGCAAGAACGAAGAAUAGAUGAAGUAGAUUGUAAAUUACAAUUAAUGACCAAAUGCUUUAAAGAGAAAAUCCAAGACAUGAACACAUAAUUUUAUGGAUAGCUUGCUGCUGAACGUAAAAGAUAUGAAGCCAAGAGGAAACAGGUGAGGAAGCCUACAUUUAAUUGGAAGAAAGGUAAAAUUUGAACCCAUGUUUUAUUGCAUCCUCGGAGACCCAGGGGCAGCAACUCGGGACGAUGCGAUAUUUUCGGGCGACCCGAUAGUUUUGAGCGAAAGUUUACUUCAAGAGCGGGAGAACUUACUCAUACACAGCCAGUUCCAGAAGCGUUCGAAAUCCUUCCCGCUGAUUGGCCAAAACAUAUUUUUCUGACCAAUCAGCAGGGAGAUCUAGCAAGACGACUCUGUCGCCUUCUUGCACGAAGUGGUUUUUCUCAUCGAUCGAGGUAGUUCCUUGGCCCGCGCAACGGGAAGAUUCUCGGGGAGAGUUUCAGAAAAAAAAUAUCCAACGAAGCCGAGGAAAUCGUAAGCUGUAACAUGGGCGCAAGGAAGCAAUACUCGUCGAUCAUUUUUUACGGCGAACUUUUCGAAGGUCGGCCAGCUGCAGUGCGCGCACCUUCUUGCUUUUGGGCAACAAUAUAGUGUUGGGCGUAAAUUCGAGGAAGACUUCAAACAGGUCCUGAAAUAAAGCUUGUCUUUGUUUCCUGUGGUCGAUUUGAGAGCGGAUCAAAGACUUAUUAUUGAGAAAAUAGUGAGCUGGGUGGUCUCGACCAAAGUGAGCGCAAGUCAUCGCAAUUCAAUGCAAGUGCACGUAAGGCCUGACCAAACGGAGUCGCAAGUAGACCCAAGUUUUCAACUUGCGUCUACUUACGAGCACGUCUGACCUGGGCUUAUUUUAAGGCCGAUUGGGCUGUCCACGUAAAUAAAAUCAGUGUCACUGGUUUUGCUUUUUAAGAGACCCUCCUAAGAUUUAUGAAUCCUCGUGUAAUCUAAAAAUACCUUAAGAGGGAUUACCUUAGGGGUCUAAGGGAUAAGAACUAUAUGGGGUUUAACUUUCUUAAGUUUCAUCAUCUCUUAGGUCGUUUUAAACCUUCUUUACAAAUUCGUUUUUUUUUUCCUCAAAUACCCCGGCGCUUUGUAAUGAGUGCAUCACAUGUACCUUUCUCUCAAAGCUGUCUCUGGAAGUUCCAAUUUGUAUUUCAAUUUAAACAUAUACCUCAACUUUAAAGGUUUAUAGAGUAGCCAUCACUGAUGUUUGCUAAGAUGCUCAUAACAGGGAGAUAAAAAGAAAUCACUGAAAGGCCCUUUGGGCAGCCUCGUGUCACUUAUUUUUAUCCACUGCUGUCGCGCCUCGUUUGCUAUGAACAUCUUAUAUCCAACAGGGGCAAACUGAAUAAUUUUUUUAGUAAAUUAUUUAAUCGACUGGAUAAUGGAGACAUUUGAGUUAGAUAUAAAGGCAGCGAUGGUAUGAAAAGGCGGGCAAAUUUGUCGCGCGUUGUUCCCUUUCUGUGUUGAAUGAAGUAGCCGUAAAUCCUCGAAUUAGCGCCCCCCCGCCCCCGAAUAAGCGCCCCUCCUAUCGGCCAAAAUUUAAAAUAAGCGCCCCAGUCGCCUCCCCCCAUUUUGUGGACGAGUAUUGGGACAGCAAAAAGUGCAUAGUUUUCGUCGUGUAGUAUUAGAUUUGUGCAUUGUUUCAGUUGUGAACACGUUAAGUGAGCACGUUGAACACUUUAAGGACUAACGGUGCCGCGAUUUAAUCUUUAGGAUCAGCUUUUUAUGUCGAUAAAC